AUGGCAACCCAGCGAGUUUUCAGAUUGCCUCAGAGAACCUCUGUACAAGACCUUGUGAGCGGCACCGAGCCAGUUCCUGAACCCUCUCCCAACGAGGUCUUGAUCCAUAUCCGAAGCGUUGCUCUCAACUUCCGAGACUUUGCUGUCGCCACCGGGAAGUACCCGUUCCCUGUCAAGGAUAAUGCGGUCCCCUGCUCUGAUCUGUCUGGCGACGUUGUCAAGGUCGGUCACCACGUCGAUGACUUCGCCAAAGGUGACAGGGUCAUUGCGGCCUUCGACCUCAGCACUCUCUACGGAGCUAUGAAAGACUGGAACCACAGUCUCGGUGGGAUGCUUGACGGUACCCUCCGGGAGUUCAUCGCGCUCCCCAGCUCUGCCUUGGUCAAGACACCGGCAGAAUCAAAGCUCAGCUACUUCCAGCUGUCCGCGCUUGUCUGCACCGGAUCCACCGCGUGGAACUCUCUGUACGGGAACGUUGCCCUGAAGCCGGGGCAGACUGUACUCUUCCUCGGAACCGGCGGAGUGUCCAUCACAGGCCUCAUCCUCGCCAAAGCCGCCGGCGCGACGAUCAUCAUCACCUCGUCCUCCGACUCGAAGCCCAAGCACGUCCAGGACACCUACGGCGCCGACUUCACCGUCAACUACAAGACCACGCCGGACUGGUCGCAGGAGGUCCUGAGGCUCACAAACGGCCGCGGCGCCGACUUCGUCCUCGAGAACGGCGGCGCGGGCACCAUCGCCCAGAGCAUCGGCGCCGACCAGAUGCCCGACGUCGCGGCUCUGGCGCUGUCCAAGGGCGCGGUCGUGCGCGGCAUCAUGGUCGGCUCGAAGCAGCACCUGGAGGAGGUCGCGCGGUACGUCGUGGCUCGCGGGUUGGCGGUCCCCGUGGAGAAGGAGUUCGGUUCUGGGCGGGAUGACAUAGUUGCUGCUUUUGAGUACCUCACCAGUGGUACCCACGUCGGCACGGUCUGCAUCCGCAUGUCUCGAGUAACGCGGCCGGGCAGCUGCGGUCGGUGGUCCUCGGACGCGGAUGCCAGCUACGAAUGUCACUGGCCUCUCAUACUCGCAAGGUCACGGAACAGACGAUAA